GAGUGUAGAUCGAAAAGUUCAUACCAUAAUAAAUAAACUUAAAGAUUACACGCAAAAGGAAUCUCUCACUAAAGCUUAUAUUAAUGCUAAAAUUUAAGGAUAAAUAACAUAAAGGUUGUAAUUCUGCCGAUAAUGAUUAAUUCAUUAUUGGAACUUCAAAGACGCAUCAAGUGUAAAGUGUGGAAGAAAUGGCAUCUGUUCCAUGCUACGGACUUUCAGUCGCUGAUGUAUCCCUGCUUUACCAUUUGUCGCAUUCUCGGAAUAUUUCCGUACAAAAUCAACGCUUUGACUUUUGAAACUUCGAAACGACAUUACAUUUUUCCGACCGUUAUUAUUUGCGCUCUCUGUAUUUACGAACUGGAAGCACUGUAUGAGAUUAACUUUAGUAAAAACAUGUCACACGUACCAAGCAUUCUCGCACGCAACUGUUUUUAUAUACUCGGCGGUUUUAUUGCGAUUGUUACGUAUAUUUUAAGCGGGCCUCGAAUGCACUUAUUCCAGACUAUAAUGGAGGCCUCUUUGAAACUGCCCUCUGUUUCGUAUAAAAAAAUGUCUAGAAUGAUCCACGCUAAAGAUAUUUUUGGUUUCUUUCUUCUAGUCGGACAAGUGUCAUGUUAUAAUUCCAUAAUGGACUUCAAUAAUUUUGAUAAGUUUUUUGUGCAGUACGGUCUCCUACUAAUACAUCAAAUGGAUAUGCUACACAUGAAUUGUGUUUGCGUAUUAAAGGCUUGUUUUAAGGGAAUCAAUGAUAAUCUGACAAAUUUACGGGAGCUUGUGGCAAAUGACAAGCCGCGUCUUCCGAGACACACAAAUAAUCAUGAGCAUGGAAAUCCAUUUUUACUAAUGGAGCUCAAAGUUUUGAAAAAGCAACAUGUAGUGGUCAGCGACACAGUGCAAAUGUUGAAUACGAUUUUCAGUUUACAGGUUCUCGCUAGCAUAGUUAUGACUUUUUGCUGUAUCACUUUCUAUCUGUAUUUCUAUAUAAUGCAUUGGAAAAUCGGCAAGAUAAUAAUGAAUGUAGAUUACAGCUUGUAUAACACGUUAUUGGUAACGUCUGUAUUAUAUUAUUGUAUCAAAAUAACGUUGAUUGCGUGGGCUUGUGAUACAGGCAGAGAUCAGGCUCUAAAAAUUGGUAUCACCAUUCACGAAAUACUCAACAGCACCAUCGAUAAACAAAUCAAAGAUGAGUUGAAGAUGUUUUCCUUGCAAGUACUGCAUCGCGAAAAUACAUUCUCCGCCAAGGGUCUUAUAAUAGAUUCAACGCUUCUAGUUGCGAUAGUGUGUAAUGUCACUACAUAUCUAUUAAUUUUAAUACAAUUCAUGGUUGCCGAUCACGUUUGUAAUAAAAAUUUUUCAACCAAUGGAACAAUACUUGUUUAAAAGAAGAUUCAUAAUCAAAUAAGGAAACAUAUUUUUAAAUACUAAACGUUAUAUAUUUUUGCACUGCGUGUAUAUGUAUAUGUGUAUAUACAAACAAAACAACCUUAUGUAUUAACAUUUAGUUGCGAAAAUAAACCUUUGAUAUAAUUAAUUAUAAUUAUGUUUAUG